AUGUUCAAGGGUCCUACAACACAAGAUGACCUAUUUUCAAUCCUUCUACGAUUCAGUAAACAUAAGUUCGUCUUCUCAUCAGAUAUUGAGAAGAUGUACCGCCAGGUAAAUGUCAGCACGGAGGACAGUUAUCUACAACUCAUUGUUUGGAGGGGCAACCCUAAUGAAGACCUGAGGUACUAUCGCUUGAAGACAGUCACUUAUGGUACAACGUCCGCACCUUAUCUAGCAACACCAUGUUUGGUAGAAUUGGCAAACACAUCAAAGGAGUCACAUCCACUUGCAUCGGGCGCAAUCAAGGAUUUCUACGUGGAUGACGUCAUGACAGGAAGCAACAGCCUCAAAGAAGCUGUAAAAAUUCAGGAUGAGUUAAAAACACUGUUGCAGUCAGCUGGGUUCAACCUUCGUAAGUGGUGCGCAGACCAUGAACGACUGCUUUCAUCAAUACCGAGCAAAGACAGAAAAGUGGAGCUUUUUGUCGACGACUCAACAGAUGAAGGCGUGAAAAGGUUAGGGUUAACCUGGAACCCCAAGUUAGAUCAUUUUCGCAUAACCACCAUUUGGAACGAGCCAACCAAGGUAACAAAACGGAGGGUUUUGAGUGAUACAUCACGAUUAUUCGACCCAUUAGGAUUUGUCAAUCCAGCAAUUACACUGGCCCAAAUAUUUCUACAGGAAUUGUGGUCACUAAAACUUGAUUGGGAUGAAGCCAUACCACUGGGACUUCACACUCGGUGGCUUCAAUUCCGCCAGGAACUUGCAGAUCUUAACAGUAUUCGAAUACCCAGAUAUUUGGAAACAAAAAAUGCCACAGUCAGUCUACACGCCUUCUCCGAUGCUACUGAAAGGGCGUACGGUGUGGUAAUAUAUUUACGCAGUGUAAAUAACCAUGAAGAUAUAAAGGUGACACUUCUCUGUUGCAAGUCCAGAGUGGCUCCAGUGAAAGCACUUUACCAAGGCUGGAAUUAUGUGCAGCAGCCCUUAUGGCUGGUCUAA